AUGGGUGGAGGUCCUCGUUUCCCGUUCCCCAAGUGGGUCUGGUCGCCUGCCGGCGGUUGGUGGUGCGAGAACCCCCCGAACGCGCAGCGCAAUCUUAGGAUCGUCCUGGGCCUUAACUUCGCCAUUGCUGGCGCUGUCUUCUUCAUUUCCGCCGCCAACGAGAGACGGCUGCUGAGCCACCCCACCAUUCCCGUUCCGUCCCAGCGCUGGAGCGCGUGGACUAAGGUGGACGACCCUGACUACAAGCGCAAGCUCGCCGCGUACCACAAGAACAAGAAGCCCCUUUGGGAAAGAAUCCUCCCCGACGCCAUGAUCCAGGACGAGCACGGCCACCACUAG